AUUCCACUGCAGAGUCCUUUAGAAAAAAAUAAAAUAGAAAGAAAAAAAGGGUACUUACUGGGGUAUGGUAUGAGCAGGGUAGGCGUGGAAUGACUUUGCGGCCAGAGGAAAUCAUCGGUGGCAGCCGCAAUUGAGGCAAAUUUUUGAGAAAGCGAGAAAAGUGCCCCAUCUACUUUGGUGGUGGGAUAAGGUUUCCGUGGAGACGACAUUCUAUUGUUUAAUUUAUUAUUAUUAUUAUUUCUAUAAGAGGCUAAUCAAGCUUGCACGCUCGCCUCAACUCAACCCUCUGCCUCAUUUCUCUGCGUUGAAUCUUUCAAGUCCAAAUCCAUUAGGCCCUAUAUGUUCUAUGUGCAAGACAAAGAUGGCAAUCGACGCGGCCAGCCCCACCCGAACCUCUCGCACCGAACAACGCGCCAACCAAAGCCCAAGAACAUCCUCCUCCAGGCCCACUCCGGGGCCCAUCGCUUCUUUCUCAGAGAAACCAUCCACCUCAAGCAGCACCACCACCACCGCGCCCUACACCGGCUCCACCGGCUACAGGCUAUCCUCCGACACCUCCAUCUCCAGCCGCACCUCCCUCACCUCCCUCCGCGACACGCUCCCUGAGAACCCUCACAUCUACCAAUUCUCCGAAAUCUGCGCCGCCACCAACAACUUCCUCGCCAAGCGCCACUCCUCCUCCACGCCCUGCUGGCGCUGCACGCUUCGCGGCGCCGACGUCAUUGUCUUCCAGCGCAAGUUCCGCCGCAUGCUCCAAACCUCUCAGCUCCAGAACCUCCUCGCCAUCGUCUGCCGCAGCCACCACGUCAGCAUCAUCAAACUCCUCGGCGCCACGGUCUCCGGCGACCACAUCUACCUCGUCUACGACUUCGUCCACGGAGCCAGCCUCUCCGACUGCCUCCGCAGCAAGAACAACGCGCACUUCACCGUCCUCUCCACGUGGAUGUCCAGAAUGCAGGUCGCCGCGGAUCUCGCUCACGGCCUCGAUUACAUUCACAACAAAACCGGUCUGAACAUCAACUUCGUUCACAGCCACAUCAAGACCAGCGGAAUCAUCGUCACUGAGCCUUCCUUCAACGCUAGGGUUUGCCACUUCGGCACCGCGCAGCUCUGCGGCGAAAUCGACCUCCAGACCGACAAAUUAAGCGAAAUCCGCGAGGAAACGCCUUCUCCGGCGAGAUCCAAGCAAUUCGAGGGCGUGCGAGGGUACAUGGCGCCGGAAUUUCAAGUCUCCGGCGUCGCCACUCAGAAAUCCGACGUGUACGCUUUCGGAGUGGUGAUAUUGGAGCUUUUGUCCGGGGAGGAGCCGUUGAAGUUCAGGUUCGACGAGAAGACGCGCGGUUUCGUGAAAACGUCGGUGAUCGAGGCGGCAAUGGCCGCCGUAGAUGGCGGCGAAGGGAGGCUGAGGAAUUGGGUGGAUCGGAGAUUGAACGAUUCUUUUCCGGUGGAUGUUGUGGAGAAGUUGACACGUGUCGCGCUGGAGUGCGUACACGUGGAUCCAGAUAAGAGGCCCAACAUGGGACGCGUCGCUGGCAAGAUCUCAAAGUUUUAUUUGACCUCUAGGAAGUGGUUCGAUAGCAUCAAAAUGCCUGAUAUCACCGUUUCGUUGGGUCCUCGAUAAUGAGUUCUUAAUGUUGGCGGCUUUGUUUUUUAAUUGGUUCAAUUCAAGAACUGUAUAGAGGAAAUUAACAUUGUUUUUGGUUUAGGGUUUCUCAUACCCUAGUGAUUGAUUGGUUCGUGGUUCGAUUGUGACACGAGUUGUGGAAUAUGAAUAUUUUAUAGACAGUGUUACUUUCCGAAAGAUGACCAAAAUUUUAUAAUUCCAAUUUGUAGAUACUCUUUAGCUUAUGUUAAAACAUGCGCUUUAUUUAUUCCACCAGAGUUGGUUUCAAUUUCGAAGGUCGAAUAACUAAUGUUGGAUAUGGU